AUGCUCAAUUUACAUUAUCGGACAUUCAAGACGCUUGCAGCUCGUGCCAAUAUACCGGAGCCUCACAACACUAUGCAACCCACUAGCAGUGCUCCCCCCUUUAUUUCUGUUGCUAGUGCUUCCUUACCCUCUUUAACUGCAGAACAUCCAUUGGUGCAACAUUUGUACAUGCCUGCUAGGCUUGCUGGCAUCAAGGAGGGCCAUCCUUCUGUUACGUUGGGCAAUAGCCGCCUUGCCGUACAAGAUGUUCCUACAGAAGACCCAUAUUGCAUGCCAGGGGAGGGAGCACUUUGCGACUACAUGGGUCAUAGCAAGCAACAUUUUGUGGAUGACUACGUUGGUGUUAGCGGUGGUGUGGUGUCAUCACAUCCCCCACCUAUAUCAGGCAUUGGCCAUGCUGAAGGCCCAUAUUACACACCAUUGGAGGGGCCACUUUAUGCUGGACAAGGGCCUUUGCAUUAUCCUGGGGAGCAAGUACAUACAACAGCUGGAAAGGGAACCUCUCAAGAGCCUCCACCACCUCUCGACAACUACACCAGUAGUGGCCGUGCUGAAGACCUGUAUCACGCACCUGGGGAGGGGGUACAUUGUGUUGAAGAUGGUGCCAGCCACUAUCAGGAGCAAGGGAAUGUGACAGCUGUAAGGGGUAGCUCACGAGAGCCUCCUCCCCCUGUCAACAACUAUGUAGAUUAUUGGAAGGCCAGUACACUGACUAUUGAUCAAGAAAUCAGCUUUGCAAUGGGUGGUUGUAUCAGGGACAAUGGAAUGAGCCUUACACCUUGGAAAAUGCACACCAUGCAGGACUCGACCAAAAAUAUGGUCAAACAGCCCCAGGUGGUUAUGCGCCCUCAAGCCAUGAGGGUAUACAUCACAAAAAUAUGUGCAACAUUGCUGGCACCCUGCGCCCUUAAGAAGACAUACAUGGAUGUACUCCAGUACUCUAUCAAGGUUCUGGAGACCCCCCAGAGUACUCAGCGAACCACACCAUGGCAGGGAAAUUGGUACCAUGCAGGGCAUGGACACCAAGCAAGGGUAUUGCAGUUCCAUCUGCCACCUUAUCUUGCCUUGCCUGCUCUUGCCUUGCUAGGAGAAUAUUUGUAA